UCAAAAUGGCGGUAGUCCUGAAAUGUGGGCGUGUUAGCAUAAGUAUCUAAUAAAGGUGGAAAACAAGGCCUAGAAGCGGAUGUAGCUAUUUGGAGUUUCCAAGACGAGUAGGACCCAAUCAUGCCGACUGCAACAGUCACUGUCAGGGAGGUGAAGAACAAAGACACAGGGAUUGAUCUGACCGUGCCCACAUUCAAGCAUAUCUCUGGUUUAUUGUCAUCAACAUAUAUUUAUCAAGUUGUUGCAGUUUCCAAUCUAACUUUCUUCAAAUCCCCCAAGCACAAGGAAUCAGACACUGUGCAGUUUAUGGUUGAAAGAAAGUUUACUGACUUUGAGGACUUGUUCAACAAACUGAAUGAGAAGUUUUCUGGCACUGUCUUCCCUCCCCUGCCCAAGAAGGUUCUCCUUAUGAAUGAUGCUACUGCCCGAAGUCGUCGUGCCGAUCUGGAGCACUUCCUCAAAUUCCUGGCAACAGUUCCAAAGGUUGCCACAUCCUCAGUUGUACUGGAGUUCCUAGGUGUGGGCGCAAUGAAAGCAGGGACUUUUAGGAAAGGGGAUAUCAGUGAUGGUGGUGCUGAAGACAGCAGUGAGAAGACAGAAACGAAAGAUGACAACGUAGAGGAUCAAGGGGCUGAAGCAAGUUUGUUUGAUGAUGAAGAUAAGCAGGAGGGAGCCGAGCUGUUUGCUGAUUUGGACACAGCUGAUGGAGGAGAAGACACAUCAACUCAGCUGUUUGAAGCACAAGACUUUGGUGGAGGGAUAACAGAAGAAGAUGCCUCACUGUUCCUCCCUGAUGCUGUUGUUGAUAAACCUGUCACUGUACCUGCUAGCACAGAUGAAACAGAUCCCUCACUAUUUCAAAUUGAUGAGGAUCUUCAACACUUAAUGAAAACGGAGAUCACCAAGAAGUCAAAGAAGAAACAAGAAGAGACAACAGGAGAAGCUGACACAGUUAAACCCAAGCCAGGUCUCAAACCUAAGCCUGGUCUUAAACCCAAACCAGGUCUCAAACCCAAACCAGGUGUCAAACCAAAGACAGAGAGCAAGCCUGAAUCUGAUGAAAAAACACAAGAUAAAUCAGGUUUAAGUAGUGACGAUAUUUUAUCCUAUAUUCAACAAAAUACGGUGGGAGAGGAUGAGGAUGUGGAUUUAUUUUCAUGAGUAAUGAAGAAUGUGGAGCUCAUCGUAGACAUGGUGUCUCAUUGGUUGAGCAUUCUCCUAAUCCUGUGGUUAUUCGUUGGCUCAAGAAACUGACAGUUUAAUAUUAAACACUUUUUCCCCAAAUUUAGUUUCAAUAAAUGAAAGCAAUAAAUGAACUUUAAUUGACCUCAUUCAUAUAUCUCAUUCAUCAAGGUUGUAUUGGAACACUCAUUUGUUUGUUAAUUGUUUUCCCCUACAUACUGGCGUAUAGAAAUGGAUUGAAAAUGUGUAUAAUGUACAUUGAGAUUGUGAGUGUUACGAAUAUUUGUUACAAAUGUUAAAAACAUAAUUCCAAACUGCUGAAUCUGCUGAAACUAGUAUCCUACGAGAACAAAUCCUACUUGAGGCUUUGACCUCCCAGACUAAUUUGUUUUAUUCUUCUAUUGGAGAUUAUGGAAAAAUUAGAGUUUUAUUAAAUUCUGUGUUUCUGUUA